CCUCAGAGAGGUUCCGUUAAUGGCGUUUUGGCUGAGGGGCUGCCGCUGCUGCGGGCGGAGGCGCUUUGCCGCGGGCCGGGCUGACCGGAAGCGGCCGGGCGCGGAGGACGGACAGAGCAGCGCCGGUGCGGCCAGGUGGUGAAGAGGUGGGCACCAGGGCCCCUGCUGCCAUGGGGGCACAGGAUCGGCCCCAGUGCUUCUUUGACAUAGAAAUUAACCGAGAACCAGUUGGUCGUAUCAUAUUUCAACUUUUCUCUGAUGUCUGUCCAAGGACUUGCAAAAACUUCCUUUGUCUAUGCACAGGUGAAAAGGGAAUUGGGAAAACAACUGGAAAAAAGCUUUGGUACAAAGGUUCAACCUUCCACCGUGUGGUUAAAAGUUUCAUAAUUCAAGGCGGAGACUUUAGUGAAGGUAAUGGAAAAGGAGGCGAAUCUAUUUACGGAGGAUACUUUAAAGAUGAAAACUUUAUUUUGAAACAUGACAGAGCAUUUCUUUUGUCAAUGGCAAACAGAGGGAAACAUACCAAUGGUUCCCAGUUCUUCAUAACUACGAAGCCGGCUCCUCACCUUGAUGGCGUCCACGUCGUCUUUGGACUGGUUAUUUCUGGUUUUGAAGUAAUAGAACAAAUAGAAAAUCUGAAAACUGAUCCUGCCAGUAGGCCAUAUGCAGAUGUGCGCGUUAUUGAAUGUGGGGUGCUGGUUACAAAAUCAGCAAAGGAUGUUUUGGAGAAGAAGAAAAAAGCCUGGACUCGUUCAGAAGCUUCAGAUACCUCCACCAGCAGCACAUCGUCGUCAUCGGAAUCCUCUUCCGACAGUGAAUACAAAAACGAGCGAAGCAGGAAGAGGAAGCGCAAGAGGAGGAGCAGAGCCAAGCAGCCGAGGAAACGAAGAAGGGAAGACAGGAAGAAGGAGGAGACGAGAAACAAACACAGCCGCUCCGACCGGAGCGAGGCGAAUGAAAAGUCGGCAGACCUGAACGUGAAAAGGGAUAAACCCGUUGUCCGUCCUGAAGAGAUUCCUCCAGUGCCGGAAAACAGAUUUUUGCUCAGAAGAGACGUACCCGUUAUAAAUACAGAGCCAGAUUCGAAACCCACUGAUGCAGCACCUGUUUUGGCUGAUCAGAAGCCUUCUGUAUCAAAAUCUGGAAGAAAAAUCAGAGGGAGAGGCACAAUAAGAUACCACACGCCGCCUCACUCUCGUUCCUGCACGGAAUCGGAUAACGAUGGAAGCAGUGAAACACCGCCACACUGGAAAGAGGAAAUGCAGAGGUUAAGAGCUUAUAGGGCACCCAGUGGAGAGAAAUGGAGUAAAGGGGAUAAGCUGAGUGACCCAGGGAGAUGGGAUGAAGUCAGUCAGUCCCAGAGGUCCCGGUCUUGGUCCCACAAUGGCUUUUCAGACCUGAGUACCGUUCGGCACGUUGGCCACCAUAAGAAACACCGGAAAGAGAAAAAAGCAAAGCACAAGAAGAAGGCCAGAAAGCAGAAACGCUGCAAGAGGCACAAGCAAGCUAAAAAGAAAAGGCUGCCUCCUUCCACAGACGCGGAAUCCUCCCAUUCUUCUACCAGAAGGGCAAAAUCCUUGGGUGACCGUGAAAGAGUGUCGCACUCUUCCUCCCUGGCGUCGCGCGAUGACUCUUCUAGAAGAGGCUGGUCCAAAUCGGACGGAGGUAGGCGGAGCUCGACCUCCCUCUCCAGCAGAGAUUCUCGGUCGUACUGCAGGUCCCGGUCCCGGUCCCGGUCCUAUUCCAGAAGUUCUCGAUCAAGAAACGCUCACAAGUCUUCGCGAUCAAGGAGCAGGUCGAGAUCUGGUUCCACCCCGAAGCAAGUGCGAACGGCCCCCAGUUCCCCCAGAAGCGUAGCGGCUCACUCAAAGGAGCACAAGCCGGCCCCCGUUGAGCCGGUAAGGGCAGCGCUGCCGCCAAGCGACAAACUAGCCAUGCAGCCCGUGCUUGCCGAAAGCCUCCCCGUCCUCCCGCUCAGCGACAGCCCCCCUCCUUCCCGGUGGAAGCCCGGGCAGAAGCCGUGGAAGCCGUCUUACGAGCGGAUUCAGGAGAUGAGAGCCAAGACCACCCACCUGAUACCGGCUCAGGCUGGUCACGGCUCGAUCGGCCUCAAAGACGCCGGGCCCUCCUCCUGCCACCGCAAACAUCAGAAGAGUCCGGAGAGCGGCCGGAGCCGUUACUCGAGAGACCGGAGCAACAGAAGCUCGGGCAGCUGGUGGAAAUCCAGCAGCAGGACGUCGCGAAGCCGGUCCUGCUCCAAGUCGUCCUCGGGAUCGAGAAGCCCUUCCAGCUCAAGAUCUCGGUCCCGCUCGACAGUUCGAUCCCAUCCAGGGAACAGGUUCCCCAGCGACCAGUCGUGCUACAGCGGAUCGUCCUCUUACUUCUCCCUGAGCGAGGAUGACCGACAGGAAGGCCGAACAAAAUCUGGAUCCAGGGAGAGGAACCCGGGGCCGUCGAAGAAAAGACAGAGCAGUUCUGAGAGCACCCUUCCGUACGCAAAAGGCGCGAGCGCUUCGAAGCAGAGAGCGAGUGCAGGUCGAUCCUCCGUAGACGCCUCGACGGAUAGUGAAAAGCUGGCUAAGCCCCAGCCCGUCCAAGAGAAGCGGCAAUUAAGGUCGGACAAGGCGACUCGGAAGCAAAACAAGAGAAGUUCAGGUUGUGACGGGCGCAAAGGGAAGCCUCGGUCCGGGCGGGACAGCGACCAUUCAAAAAGCAAAGUUUUGAAAGAGAAGUCUGAGACGCCGAGAAACGGCCGGAAGCCAAAAAGGAAAACGCAUGCAAGCGGCGAGUGGGACUCUGAUUCAAAUUCCGAAAGAGACAGAAACCGAAACGGUAAAGAAAACUCGCAGCUGUCCUCCGGAAAAGAGGAAGGCGAAGCCACGUCGGACUCCGAUGCAGAUCUCUCCCCGCCCAGGUACAAGUCAAAACCGGAGCCCUCCCCAGAUGCCUCGAAAGGAAACAAGCGUCCCUCCCCUUCGGAAACGGAGAGCUCCAGUUCCAACACGGGCUCUAGGGGUAAAUCCAGGCGGCAAAAGCGCAGUUCCAAAAAAACCUUCCGAAAAGUACAUUCCAAAAAGGCUAAAGAAAAGUCCAAGGGUAAAAAGGAGAAGAAGCUUAAGGCUGAGAAACAAAAAGAAGCAUUUCACUGGCAGCCUCCCUUGGAAUUUGGGGAGGAGGAGGAGGAGGAAGUCACGGCCGUGAAACCCAGAAUAAGGGAUGACCGAGAGAAGCAAGUGAAAAUGGAGAUGAAAGAAAACAAUAAACAUCAGGAUUCUGGAAACGAUAGAAAGGCCAAAGGCCGAGCAAAGGAUGGCACGAAGUCCAGCGAAGAGACCGUGCCCUCAAGCAGAGUGGCAGGUAACGCAUCACCCGCUAGCCAGCUGAAUAAACGCAGCGAGGAACAAGCUUCAUCGGCCCCUGUUCCAAAUCCAAAUAAAAAUGUGGGUGUUUCAGGAAGUGCCCCUGCUGCUCAGGAGAAUAAUGAAAAUGAGGUGGAUGUUGCACAGAUGGAUGAUAUGGAGAUCUGUACCCCGGACCACAAUUCGCCUGUAAAAGUGGACGUGGAACUUUCUCCAGUAAGCCUCAAGGUAAAUUUCCAGGACAUUAAAGCCAGUGCCGCCUCCCGUGCGCCAGUUGGCACCGGCAGAGAGGGUGGAAAAGAGGCCGCUGACGCUAAAGGAUUGACUGGCGCUAAAGAAGGCAGCCGAGAACGCAACAGGGACACGCCUAAAGCCGCCCCGGCUGCCGCUGGCCCGGAAAGUGUGUUGAAAACGGACGUAGCUGAAAAUGCCCAAAGCAGCCUUGUGGACAAUAAGUGGAAACCGUUACAGGGGGCCAAGAAUCUGCAGGCGGCAGCGCCGGCCAGCCAUCCCGCCGAAGCGAAAAACGCGGCCGCCGGCUCCUCGGAAUCCAGGCCGCAAGGGCUAAGGAUCGAGAUUAAGAGCAAGAACAAAAUCAGGCCGGGCUCUCUGUUUGACGAAGUAAGAAAGACCGCGCGUCUGAAUCGGCGGCCGAGGAACCGCGACAGCUCCAGCGAAGAAGGUUCCCCGACCCGAGAGGACAGCCAGUCCAGUGGCCGGAGCCGGUCGCGGAGCAAGCCGGACGCCAAAUCCAGGCACAGAACCAGGUCGCUCUCGUACAGCCGCUCCAGGAGUCAGUCUAGAAGUUCUACGUACUCCUACAGAUCCCGGAGCUACUCAAGGAGCUGGAGCAGAGGGUGGUACAGCCGCGGCCGCUCGAGGAGCCGAAGUAGCUCUUACAACAGUUGCAGAAGUCACAGUCGCACUUACAGUCGAAGCCGAUCCAGAAGCAAUUCUUACAAUCACCGGAGCCGGUCAAGCAGAUCCUACACCUAUGACAGUUACUACAGCCGCAGCCGCAGCCGCAGCCGAAGCAAGAGGAGUGACAGUUACCACAGGUCUCGGAGCUACGACAGGCGUUCCAGAUCCUAUGGCUCCGACAGUGAAAGUGACCGCAGUUAUUCUAAUUAUCGAAGUCCCAGUGAAAGCAGCAGAUACAGCUGAAAGCAUACGCUUGAAAAUAGCAAUUAUACAUUACAGAAGUUUUUUAUUUCCAUAGUGUGUGUGAAAGUUUUGUUUUCCCUCAACGUCUAGGUAAAACUAAAUGAUGCCAAGUGAGGUGGAGCCUUAUUUAAAACUCUGAGCACCACCUUUUCGUAGACUACUACGGCAGUCGUUUUCGGUCUCCUGGAGUUCCAUUUCCAAACUAGAGGAUACGGUUGAUGUGAGAUCCAGCUUUCAGUUAGCCUAGUCCUUUGAGAGGAAGCUCUGUAGCAGAAUCAUCUCUUGGAUGGCUUCUUGGUAAGCAUGAAACUGUGAAGAAUAAUACCAAGAAUCCAUCUUUGGUGUACCUGCUUCAAAAGUUGCCCUUAAAUGCUGAGGUAAUGGUCCCUUGGUAUCUCGUACACACAUGGGUCCCUCCAAAUGUGACACUACAGCUCCAGGAAUAAUAAUGGCGGAUAGGCCAUUCACCAUGACGGCUAUGAAUUCUGGGAGUUCUGGGACACCUAGUCUGGGAAUUCUGGGACACCAAGUCUGCAAGGUGUCACGUACACUUGGAAUCACAGGAGUUAAAGCUGGUUCCCAUCCGGUAUUUUGGUCACUUUUACCUGAUACACCAUUGCAGAUAUAAGGCAGACUUGGGUGCGAGGCACGUAGCUGAUCUUUUGUGUCUGAACUCCAAGCAAUGCUAGACGGCGUUCAGUUUCGGUUCUCUAUCCAAUUAAGAAACGAGAACAAUGGUCUCAUGUCUCACAUUUGUGAAAUCAGCUAGUUAUUUUUAAAAGAAGACUUUGAUGCAGUUAGUUUGUCCUUUAUUACCUCACCGCUAAGUAUUUAUUAAACAGCUCCUCUGGAGAACUUGUUCUCGACCAGGCUUCAGGGAAUGCGACAUCGCCCUGGAGAAACCGCCCUGGCAUUUCCCCAUGGUCUUCUGGCCUUGGAUUUUCAUCAUGUCUCGAUGUGCUAGCGUUCUAAGAUUUGAACUGUAGUUGUCAGACAAAGGCAGAUCUGAAGUUUGUUUUCAAGGUCUGAUACCAAGAAGGGGGUCGACAAAGAUAGCAAACUGUAAAUUUAUCUUAGGAAAUUUUCAGGAGCACUGAAUUUUGUUCCACUGUUUUGAUUCAGCAGAUAAAAAUCCAUUUUUAAGUCAAAAUGUCAGGAUAUACAAAAUUUUCAUACUGAAUAAUUUUUUAAAACAGCAGAAAUAACACUGUUACCUAGUGAUGGGAAAUGACUCUUAAUCUGUUACGCUGAUAGUGAAUUUGUUAAAUUUCUAUGAUGCUGAAAUGCUGUAUAAUUUCAUAACGGAGUUAUGCAGAACAUUUUGUUUUGAACGGCUUCAACCACAAAAUUCUUGAAACUUUGCAUCUUAAAUAUGGGAUUGCCAUUUUGACUGCAAGACAGGCUGUUUCAAGGGGAAAUGCCCCCACGGGUAUUGAAAGCAGCCCAUUUCACAUUCAAAACAGUUUGAAGGAUUUCAUGCACUCCUAAUUUCAUAAAUGUUUCAAAUAUCUUUUUGUUAGGAGCCAAAAUGUACAUUUAAAAUGCUUUUUUUUCCUUUGAUGAAAUUAAAAAUAUGAAUCAUUUAAAUAUUA